CAUACGGAUCGAGUUCAUUUCGUCCUCAACCGAAAAUGAUGCACAAAGGAUUAUCGGUACACUGGCUUUUCCUCUCCGUAUUGUUCUGGGCGCACACCGCUAAUGGAGACGUGAGCUAUUCUUUUCCGGAGGAGAUGAAACGCGGAUCUGUGAUUGGAAAUAUAGCAAAGGAUCUCGGGUUUGAUGUGAGCAGAUUAUCAUCUCGUAAAGCUCGCAUUGAUACUGAAGGAAACAGAAAACGAUUCUGCGACAUUAAUCUGAAUACUGGAGAACUGACCGUAGCGGAGAGGAUCGACAGAGAGGGGCUUUGUGGAAAGAAAUCUUCAUGCGUAAUAAAACAGGAGCUCGUGCUAGAAAAUCCUUUGGAGCUGCAUAGUAUCACUCUUCGUGUUCAAGAUGUUAACGACAACAGUCCACAUUUCGGUAAAGGUGUGAUUAAUUUGGAGAUCAGUGAAUCCGCAGAUAAGGGUAAACGCUUCUUACUUGAGGAAGCAAAUGACGCUGAUAUUGAGCAAAAUUCUGUGCAAAGCUAUUCAAUACAAAAUAAUGAAUAUUUUGUUUUAUCCGUGCAAAGUAACUCGCUUGGAGAGAAAUAUGCCGAGAUCAUUUUAAAUAAAGAGUUGGAUCGCGAGCAGCAGCAUGAGGUCAGAUUAAUUGUCACUGCGGUUGAUGGCGGGACUCCACCGAGAUCAGGUACUGUAGCCAUACACGUCACUGUACUGGAUGCUAAUGAUAAUGCUCCAGUCUUUAGUCAGGCCGUCUAUAAAGUCAGUGUGCCUGAAAAUUCUCCUGUAGAUACUGUAGUGGUUACUGUGAGCGCUACUGAUGCUGACGAGGGACAAAAUGGAGAAGUAACUUAUGAAUUUGGUCAUGUUAUGGAGGACUAUAAACAUUUGUUUUCCCUUGAUCGUAAAACAGGCGUCAUUAGCGUAAAGGGACCAAUAGAUUUUGAGGAAGAAACCACAUUCAGUUUGCGAAUAAUAGCUAAAGAUGGUGCGGGUUUAACAUCCUACUCAAACGUUAUAAUUAAUGUAAGUGACAUUAAUGAUAACACCCCUAUUAUAAUAGUAAAAUCUCUGAAUAGCCCUAUUCCAGAGAAUGCAUCACCCGGUACAGAGGUUGGCAUCAUUAAUGUGCAGGACAGAGACUCUGAGAAUAACGGACAGGUGCGCUGCUCCAUUCAGCAAAACGCCCCAUUUAAACUCGUACCUUCAAUCAAAAAUUACUAUUCUCUGGUGACCACAGGUGAAUUAGACCGCGAGCUGGUGUCUGAUUAUAACAUCACAAUUACUGCUACUGAUGAGGGCUCUCCACCUUUAUCUUCCACUAAGAAUAUUCACUUCACUGUAGCGGACGUGAAUGAUAACCCACCUGUAUUUGAAGAGCAGAAUUACAGAGCUAAUGUGCAAGAAAAUAACAAACCGGGCUCCUCUAUUUGUUCAGUAUCAGCUACAGACCCGGACUGGAGACAGAAUGGCACUGUAGUUUAUUCUCUGUUGCCCUCUGAUGUCAAUGGCGCAUCGGUGUCCUCCUUUUUAUCCAUUAACGGAGACACCGGGGUCCUUCAUGCCGUGAGGUCGUUUGAUUACGAGCAGUUGAGAAGUUUUAAAGUGCUCGUGUUAGCCAGAGACAACGGGUCUCCUCCUCUGAGCAGUAACGUGACCGUGAGUGUCUUCAUAACGGAUGAGAAUGACAACUCCCCUCAGAUAUUAUACCCCUCUCCGGAAGGGAACUCCUUCAUGACCGAGAUGGUCCCCAAAGCUGCGCAGGCGGGCUCUCUGGUCUCCAAGGUGAUCGCCGUGGACGCGGAUUCUGGACAGAACGCGUGGCUCUCGUAUCACAUUAUUAAAGCGACUGAUCCGGGACUUUUCACUAUCGGUGUCCACAGCGGAGAGAUCAGGACGCAGCGGGACAUUUCUGAAUCUGACAGCAUGAAACAGAACCUGAUUGUCUCCGUGAGAGAUAACGGACAGUCCUCUCUCUCGGCCACGUGCGCAUUGUAUUUACUCAUCUCAGAUAACUUGGCUGAAGUUCCUGAACUGAAAGACAUGUCUCAUGACGAGAGCAGCUCCAAACUGACGUUUUAUUUGAUCAUCGCGCUGGUGUCCGUUUCCACUUUCUUCCUCACCUUCAUCAUCAUCAUUCUGGCCGUGAGGUUUUGUCGCAGGAGAAAGCCCAGACUGAUGUUUGAUGGAGCUGUAGCCAUUCCCAGCGCGUAUCUGCCUCCAAAUUACGCAGACGUGGAGGGCGCGGGAACUCUCCGCAGCACUUACAAUUAUGACGCAUACCUGACCACGGGCUCGCGCACUAGUGACUUCAAAUUCAUCAGAUCUUAUAAUGAGGGCACACUUACCUCUGACUUGACUCUGAAAAAGACUCAGUCUGUUGAGAAUAUACUGGGGGGUCUUGGCAAUGAAGUUGAACAUAUUUCUCAGGUAUGCCAUUUUUAA